CCUUUAAAAAAAAAACCAUCCUUCAUACUCCCCUUAAUUAAAAUCGUCCGAAAGGGUUCGAAAAAAAAAAAUAAUUACACUUUGACCAAGUCUACUCGACGUACGCAAAAAGGUUAGAUGACCAGUGAGAAUGUGAAAAUAUGACGAGGAAAAGGGUUGCGAAAAAUGCCCAUUCCCCUUUCGGUAAUCCCUUCUACACGAUAUCUCGGGCCUUAUUUUGGAUGUGAAUUCAAAGGAUGAUAAGGUUGACGUGCGAGUGGCGUGAUAUUAAUACGUCGGUCAGCCCAGCAAAGCCAUUCUGUUUGUUCUGAAAUUUGGACGAAAGUAAAUGCAAAUGACCUCACGGCUUUCGAAAUUGAAACAAUCCGCCAAUUAGAAUCGUCAGGGUGACGGGAUUAUGGAGAUUUUCAGCAGAUACGAAGGAACGGACUGGCAGCUGGCGCUCGCUUAAUUCAAUCCCCGAGUUGUCUUAUGAAUCGUAAACCGCGCCGUGAAACUGAAACUCUGCGGCCGGUUUGCCUUUCGUCGAAUAAUAAUGUAACGCCGCCAUAAAGUUUUCCAGGUUUUAUCUCUUCCCUGGGAUCGUAUUAUAUUCACGCCCUCUUCCAUACAGCUAAAAAUCAUCCAAUUCCAUUUCAUUCGGUUGACGAUCGACCUGAAAAAUAUAAUGGAUUAUACUAAGAAUUUUCAAAUUCUUCAUACAUAAUACCAUAUAUACAAACAUAUUCGAAUGCCAAGGAUCACUAUUUGCGAGCAUCUACGACGUCAACCCUCUAGAAUUAUGGCCUCGACUCGGUGGCGCUUGUAUUUAUCACGAAGGGUAAAACUGACAGCAGUCCAUUUCCCGUUCGUCCUGCCUGUCUGACCGAACAUAAUAUCUCUUGACGAAACAACAUGGAGGCCGUUUGUUUGCGAAACAAUGGACCGAAACAAAGCUUGCCCCUCUUGAAUAUAUACUGGCAGAUACGCCUUUCUAUAUCUUUCUCUCUUUCUCUGCUUGCUACCGCUCCCUAUGAGAAUCCUCAGACAGACUCCAAGUCGAAAAUACUUUUAUUCGAGAUUUCUUUGAGGAUCGAAGAGAGUCUGAGUAUCCUCCCGUAGGUCUCCUCCUUCUUGGAGAGGGAUUGUAGGUACUUCCACUUCAAUUCCACUUCUGCACGGUUCAAUAGUAAUUUGUGUAUAAAAUUGUAGAAUAUCGGGGGGAAGCUGAAAAAUACAAUUAUGACGGUUUAGAUGAUUCGGGCUGACGCCGUCUUUCUCUAUUAUUCUGAGGUUACCCACGUUACUACGACGGAAGCUCGUGGUGCACUUGACAGAAAUUAGUAAUCCUUAAUGGAUUCGGCGUCGUCGCAACCCUCCUCAAAUCUCGAUAUCUUCCUUCGCGGUCUUAGACGCCUGGGCUAUUCAAUUAAUUUCACAAGACAAUGGCGUCCCGUGGCAUAGGCGUACCUUCCGAAUGUAGUCCUUGACAGGAAUAUCGUAUUGACGAGUAUAUCCUUAAAAAAUGAGAAGAACUGUAUGACGACCACGACGGGCGAUCCGUCGUCGUUGAAGACGCCGGCAUCGCUUUCCGGCGGCGACCUGGUUUCACGUCUUCUGGCUGCUACCCCGCCGUACCUCUACAACGUCCCGUUGACGCCGCACAGCUUCUUCUUCAGCGAGAUGCUACGCUCCUUCGUCCAAGCCAAGGCGAAUACCAGUACCGGAAGCGGAAGUGCUCACGCGGCACCACGGCGCCGGAAGCGGUCCUGGAGGGACGCGAGAGAUCGGCCAUUGGAGCUAACGACCAAAGAGCGACACGAAAAGUAUUUUCAUUCUCAGGAAAGCCAAGCGGAGAACAAUCGAAGACACGUGGAGAACUACGUCGAGAGCAAGGACUCGGAGCAGAAACCCUUUGGCGCCGACGUCCUUAAGCCCGUUGACGAGAACAGAGCUGAUUUCACGAAACAGGGUAGCAAUUACUUUGACGAGAGGCCAAGGACCUUUGAAACUGAAUCCACGAGUUCUAGACGUGACAUUAGUUUCCCCAUGGAGUUGCAGAAGGUCAAACCUGAGGAGAAGAAUUGUAGCUUUAGCGAACAGAAUAGCUUCGAAGACAAUGUCAAAGCGAGCGAGUUACCGUUUAUACCGGAUCAGAAGAAACUGGACUUCUCGGCGAGGAGUUUCCUUCCUGGACUACCAGGUCGGGGUGAGGAUCUUCAGUGUGUUAAAAAUUUUAGCCUACCAGCAGCGAACGUACCCAAUCCGGACUUCCUGCCAUCUCCACUGUGGUAUCCACCGUAUCCGAUGCCACAGUCGUACCCUGGUAUAGACCCUCUUCACUUCUUUAUCGACCUUCGCGUUUCCGGUCAUAUAUGGGACCGGAAAAUGACGGAGAGGCAGCUUCCUUUCAAGAGCAAGCAUAGUUCGGCAUUCAGUGUACCCCAGUCCAAGGAAUAUAAUCGGCCGCUGAAUUUGACCAGGGACGAAGCCAGCAGUUCGAAAAAUAAGGAUGCCAAUUCAAAAGGCACCCACUACAUCCUGAAGAACCUUACCAAAACUUAUAAGGACAUACGGGAGGUGGAACGAAACUCGAGGACCGAUCUGUCCGAGUCAGAUGCCGAAGGGAGUCAAUGUAACGCAGAAGUUGGCUCACCCAAAAAAGAGGAUACAUCCGGUCAGGACGAUGAGAAGAAAGAUUUACGGGCUCUAAUCGGUUUGGAAUUGGUUGUGGACUAUGUCAAGGAACCCAAGGGACUUUCAAAUUCCCGAGAAUCUCCACAAAUAGUGGAAUGAAUUAUUGUUAAAGUCUGCUUCCAACUCCUAUGACUAUAUCAUAGCGCUAGCAUCGAUGUCUCCAUAGUUGCUGCAUCGAUAAGGAUUCGCUUCGUUGUAUCGUUCCGCCAUUUCCUGCGAACCCUUAAUCGCGAUUCAGUGACCUCUGGAAUUUAGGAAUCUAGUGUAAAAACAAUUACCGAUCUCUAGAGACAUCCGAAUUCCUCUGCACGGUCAUACCUUUCUGUACAUAACCUAGAAAUAGGUAUUACUCGAAUCUGUAACACUCGAAAUGUAAAUUUGCCGUAUCAAUAAAUCAAUGAAAUUAAUUAUA